ACUAACAUGUUUGGCCUCACCUGAUCUGCUGGCCACGCCCGCCAUGGAGCCCGACCGGACCAUGCGCCUGGAAACCUUGGCGCUCCGCGCGCGGCGGCUGCGGGCCUUGCUGGGACGUGAUGGAGGGCCGCAGGUGGCGGCCGAGCCGGCGGAGCCGGCGGAGCCGGUGGCGGAAGUCACCCGGGUGGGACUGUGUCGAGACGUGCCGCGGGCGUGUCCGUGUCCGUUGCGACCCCCUGUGGCGUGUCCGGAGCUGAAGGAGGUCCGCUUGGAACAGCUCGAAUUGGCGCCCAGCUUGGUCCAGAGCUUGCAUGGCCGACGGCUCGUGCUGCGACUGGUGCCAUGGACCGGGCACACCGAGGACGUGGAGGUCGCGGAGAAUGGACGACUGCUGGGUGAUUUGGUGUGCUCUUCUGCCUCCCAGCUACAGCUCUUGGCUUCCCAUCAAGCUGACUGCCGGCCACAAAGAUGUCAGUUGGUGCCAGUGGCCUCCGGCAAAAGGAGCUUGGAGACCGACCGUACCGGUGCAAUUCCUCUGUUGGCCGCCGCAGGGCCACAUGAAGAGCCAGAGCCUUGG